CCAACGCGUAUAGCGAAUGUUUCAUACAUUAGUUUUUCUGUAUCGUUUUAGAGCGUGAAAUAAUGCACCUGUAGUGCCGCUGAGUACAGAGUAUUCCCUCUUUCAGUCUAAACUGUACUGCUAGGUCUGUAGAUAUAUUCCACAGGUUUGUUUAUAGUUAUAGUUUCAUUAUUUACCGUCCAUGUUCAGACAUGUCCGUGAACACGAGGUGGUCACGCCUACUUACAAAUCCGAUUGGUCCUUUUUUUGUUCCUGAUUGGUUGUUAGGUUCCUUCACUCGCGUCUAUUGGACGAGAGCGCAGUCACUCAAACUUUGGCGCUUUAGCUCAGGCAGUGAGCGGUGUUUCUGCAGUCGUGCUGCUAACAGUUAACUUAAGUUAUUAAGAGCGGAGUUUCUUUACGUUCAGCAGCUGCUACAGUAUAAAUAAAGCGCUGAUUUAUGCUUUAGGCUGCUAGUUUGUGUUUAUACUCGCUUCCUGCGGUAUUGAGGUUUGUUUAGGCUGCUGGUUAAAGCGGUAGUUUGAAGAAUGGCCGAUUGGGACGCCUAUUAUCACAACGAAGAUGAUGAUGUUGAACAAGAAGAGGGAGAAGAAUCAGCAGGUGAUUAUAAAUACAGUGGGCGUGACAGCUUGGUGUUCCUCGUGGAUGCGUCCAAGGAAAUGUUUGUCAAGGGUGAAGAUGGAGAACCUUCCAACUUUGACAUGACCAUGCAGUGUGUGCGCAAUGUUUACACCAGUAAAAUCAUAAGCAGCGACAAAGACCUGGUAGCGCUGGUCUUUUAUGGAACCGAGCAGAGCAAGAACCCUAGAAACUCCUUUAAACACGUCUACGUCUUUCACGAUCUGGAUUCUCCUGGUGCCCAACGGGUGCAAGAUAUAGACAAGCUUCGGGGGGAUAAAGGAGCUCAGCAGGCUGCCGAGACUAUGGGCAGUGGGGAGACGUCUCUUGGAGAUGCUCUGUGGUGUUGCUCAAACCUAUACAGCGACAUUAAGCUACGGUUGUCUCACAAACGGCUCAUGAUUUUCACCUGCAGAGAUGACCCUCAUGGAAGAGACAGUGCACGAGACAGACAGGCCCGCACUAAGGCUGCUGACCUCAAGGAGACAGGAGUGGUCAUAGAUUUGAUGCACCUUAUGAAGCCUGGAGGAUUUGAUGUUUCCUUGUUCUUUUGUGACAUUGUGAGCCCUCCUGAGGAUGAGAGUGAGCUGGGAAUGCAGCUAGAGGCUUGUGGGAAACUUGAGGACCUGCAGAAGAGGGUCAGAGCUAAAGAGAUGAAGAAGAGGGCUCAGAGUAGACUGACUCUUUCUCUGGGAGAUGGGAUGAACGUGGCUGUGGGUGUAUAUGUGUUGGCGAGGACAGCCACCAAACCCCCGGCUGUCAGGCUGUACAGAGAAACCAACGAGCCUGUCCGAACCAAAACCCGUCUCUUCCACACACAAAAUGGAAGCCUUCUUCUUCCCAGUGAUACCAAGAGAGCCCAGGUUUAUGGAAACAAGCAAAUUGUGAUGGAGAAGGAUGAGGUGGACGAGAUUAAAAAGUUUGAUGACCCAGGUAUGGUCCUGAUAGGGUUCAAGCCGAUGGAUCGUUUGAAACGUCACCACCACAUACGACCUGCACUUUUCAUAUAUCCCGAGGAAGAUCAAGUCACAGGCAGUUCCUGUGUGCUGACAGCUCUGCUCCAGAGAUGCAGUGAAAGGAACGUGUUUGCAUUGUGCAAAUACACUCCACGACGCAACACUCCACCUCGUUUUGUGGCCUUGGUACCUCAGAGAGAGGUCUUGGAUAACAGUCAGGUCCAGGUUGCUCCAGCAGGGUUUCAUGCCAUUUUCCUACCCUAUGCUGAUGACAUACGCACCUUGGAUGCCCAUGUGGGCCCCACAGCCUCUGAUGAACAAGUUGACAAGAUGAGAGAGAUCGUUCACAAACUUCGCUUUAAAUACAGGAGUGAUGCAUUCGAAAAUCCAGUUCUGCAGCAGCACUACAGGAAUCUGGAGGCCCUAGCCUUGGAUAUGAUGGCCCCUGAAGCUAUUGAGGACUUUACAAUGCCAAAGGUCCAGAUGAUGGAUGAGCGCCUUGGCCCUCUAGUUCAAGAGUUCAAAGAUUUGGUCUAUCCAGCUGAUUAUAACCCAGAAAGCAAGCCUGCAGCCAAACGCAAACCAGCUGAGACUGGAGGUGGUGCUGAAAAGAAGCCAAAACUUGAGGUCUCUGAAGAGGAGCUACGUGCCCAUGUGCAAAAGGGCACACUGGGCAAGCUGACCGUACCUGUGCUGAAAGAUGCCUGCAAACAAUUCGGAGUACGAACCACAGGCACCAAAAAACAAGAACUUAUAGAUGCGUUAGUCGCACAGCUCUCUUAACUAAACUGGUGUAGAGGUGGUUAUAGAGUAGCUUUUACCUGCAUCGGUAACAAACUGUGCAUUUUUUUUUUGUAACAUCAUGUAUAAUGUGGUGUAAGAAAUGGAAAAUACUAUUACACAAUACAAAAUUUGUUUAUGCUGUCAUUAUGGUUUGAAAGACUGUAAAACUCUACCUUUAUACUAUAAUUAAAACAUGCUUUUCUUUAAAAAAA